AACCCACCAGAGAAUAUUCAGAAGGAGCAUCCAUGGACUUGUGGAAUGGGGAUGAAGCAUCACCACAGGAAGUGCCUCCGGGGAACCAGCUGUCAGGGCUGGAAGGCGCUGAAUUUGGCUUCUAUUUCCCUGAACUGGCACUCCAAGGAGAAACGCCGACAGCGGAGACAUGCUGGAAAGGUCCCAUUCAGCUGUGGCAGUUCCUCCUGGAGCUGCUCCACGACCAGGCGCGUAGCAGCUGCAUCCGCUGGACUGGCAACAGCCGCGAGUUCCAGCUGUGCGACCCCAAAGAGGUGGCGCGGCUGUGGGGCGAGCGCAAGAGGAAGCCCGGCAUGAAUUACGAGAAGCUGAGCCGAGGUCUACGCUACUACUACCGCCGCGACAUCGUGCGUAAGAGCGGUGGGCGCAAGUACACGUACCGCUUCGGGGGCCGAGUGCCCGGUGUACCCUGUCGGGACUGCUCCGAGGACAGUCAAGGAACAGAGAUCCAAUAAAAAUAUCCGCUCAAACCUC